AUGUCAUACUUUAUGAAAGGAACGAAGUAUCAACCUUCACGACAACCAAAUGCGAAUACGAUAGGAUUUCACCGAGGUCGCCAUAUGACCCUAGACAAUAGACCAGCGGGUCAGACACCCACACCAAAUCCUUCGCCUCUCACUCUUGCUUCACUCUCUCCCAUCACCACGACUAAACGUCACCAUUAUCACAAACAGGACCCAGACCUAGUCCGAGUACGGCCAAACAAGAUGGUCUAUGCAAGUCUGGAGCCAAAUGCCAAUACCGCCACGACAAAGAACGCAUUGCGGUGUGCCGAGACUGGCUCACAACAGCACUUUGACAAAUCAAUUUGCACACGCGAGGAUUGUCCGUAUACUCAUGUCCAUGUUAGUAAAGGAGCGAAGAUCUGCGAAGACUUUAUCCAGGGAUUUUGUGAGCAAGGGGAGGAGUGCGAAAUGAAACAUUUGUGGGGAAGAAAAGCACAAGUUGAAAUGAUUUGGCAACGAAGUGAGGAGGAAAAAAGAGAAAUGAAUGAGGAGGUGAGACGGAAAGUGCAUGAGGGUGUAGAGAGAAAAAAAAAGAGUAGAGACAAGAGUAAAAAUAAGAAAGCUGGUAAGAAGGAAAAGAGUAAACAAAAAAAUGAAAAUAAGAGAGGACGAGAAGAAGAAAGUUUCAGUAAUCAAAAGGGCAAGAGGGUUAGGAUAGACAUGAUGAGUAUAGAUAAUACUAGCGACAGUUCCUCAGGUGAGGACGAUACAGCUUUUAGAGACAAAGAGGAUCUCUGGAGAUACGAUUUCAUCGCCUUUGAUGAGUAA